GGUUGGGAUUGGAAGCUGAAUCCAGGGAGGAGAACAUCACAUUAACGAUUCUCGACGCAACGAAGGUGAUGUUCGGUCCAGGAUUCGGUGUCAUCGAAGUGAAGACUGGAUUCGAAAGUCGUCAGAUCCUCCUCGAGAACGUCCCUGCUACUAUAGCGCCCGUCGACAUAACUGCAGCUCUGAGUAUCUUCGGGGAGGUCAUUGCUGUGCUUCCAGUCGAUCCAAACGAUGGUUCUUCGUCUGCCUACAAGGUCACUUUUGCCCGCGGGGAGUCUGCCAUCAACGCUGCAGCCGCUGUAGAUAGCUCUGAACUGUUCGCCGGCUCCGAAGUGAAGGCCUGCAUGACGGUUAGGAAUUCCACGGGCAUCGGAGGAGGCAAGCUCUACGAUGGAGACGUGCUCUUCGAGCUACCUACCGCGCGUCAAAAGGGCUACGUCGGCUACGAGACCAAGGAGAAGGCUGAGAAGGCCAUUGCGCUGGCUCAACAGAAGGGCAUGAAGGGCAUGCGGGUUACUGCGCAGAUCUACGAAGGGAUCCCUGUCGUCGGUGCUGUCAACGUCCGCUUCGAGAACUUACCUGGCGACGCCAGCGCCAAGGAUCUGGCUCGUUAUGGACCGUACGAGACGCAUAUGCUCGACCGACCCAAAUAUAACUGGACGGUGAACGCCGCAGUCGACGGCCUUCGUCGCAUGCUCGAGGGUUAUGGCGACGUAUAUCUCAACGUCCUCCCUCCUCCUUAUAACAAGACGUUCCGCGUCUGGGCACACUUCAAGGACCCUCGGCGAGCCGCGGCAGCGCAGGAAGCUCUGGAUCGAUUCUGCCCCCGCUUCGUAGGGAAGCAGCGUAUCUUCGCUCAUCAUGUUAGGUCCAUUCUAUACAAUCUCCCUGCCGACGUCUUCGACAACUUGGCGUACGACAUCAACCUUCUCCGCUCGUACCAUUGCGACGAAUACGCUACGAGCAUCUCCGUGUUCGAUAGACGUAUAGUCGCUGAUCCAAAGGCGCCUGUCCAAGUCAAGCUCGUUUCGCGCAACAUGUCCUCAUUGACCAAGCUCAAGGCUGCGUUCGAUCGCCUUCUUCGAGGAGAAAAAGUCACAGACAGCGGACAGACAGUCUGGAACGACUUCUUCGGAGGGCCCGCAGGGCAGAACUUCUUAGACGACCUAGAGAAGGCUCACCCCACCGUCAGGAUCAAUCGGGACACUCGUCGACGGACCUUAGCCCUCUUUGGUCCUCAGGCGGACCGCGCUCACGUCAAUGCCGAGAUUGUCACCCGUGCGAAACUUCUUCAGGCCCAGCGCAAACAUCGCUACUCUGUCGCAAGUCACCUCAUUGGCGUCUUCAUGAGCGAAGAUCUCCCGAGCCUCCAGAAGGAGCUUGGCCGCGAGAACGUAUGGUUUGAUCUCACCAACAGGCAGCUCGUCGUAUGUGGAGAUCCUAGCACGCAGAAGGUCGCACGGUUGGUCGUACAACAAGCCGGAAAGCGCCAGAGGAAGCGCAACUCUCGUGGUGACGCCGGAUGUCCGGUCUGCUUCGGAGAAGUCUCUCAGCCAGUAAGCCUCAUGUGUGGACAUACGUGGUGUCAGGCGUGCCUCGUCGGCUACAUGCACGCGUCGGUGGACAGCCGGAGUUUCCCACUCACAUGUCUGGGAGACGAAGCAAAGUGCACGCAUCAUAUACCUCUCUCCGUCGCUCAGCAGCUUCUCUCUCCCGACGAAUUCGAUGCCAUCGUAAACGCUUCUUUCCUCGCCCAUGUCCAAUCACAUCCCGACGAGUUCCACUACUGCCCUACCCCCGAUUGCCCCCAGGUCUACCGGAAAUCAGGCCCCGGCGCAGUUCUCCAGUGCCCGUCAUGUCUCGUCCGCAUCUGCUCCCACUGCAACAUGGAGUACCACGAGAGCCGAUCGUGCCAGGACCAGAACCCCGAGGAUGAGAGACUUUUCGAGAGGUGGAAGCUGGGACACGACGUCAAGGACUGCCCGAGUUGCAAGGUCCCUAUUGAGCGCAUGGCGGGAUGCAAUCAUAUGACGUGCACGAGCUGCCAAACGCACAUCUGCUGGGCUUGCCUCGCCACGUUCUCCACCAGCCAGCAGGUCUACAGCCACAUGCGAUCCAUCCAUGGCGGCAUCGGGCUCUGACUGGCAUUGCUUGCUUGUGAGUAUCUCGUUUCGUAUCCUGAUCCGAGAGCCCUUCUUCGUUACAGUGCUCCUCCUGCCGUUAUGCCUCACUCUAUGCUGCGCUAU